AUACACGCUAGUAAGAGUAAUUCCAUGUAAUGGCGUGGAUAUCAAAAUGUCUCAAGGCAUAGAAGGUAAUUAUGGAGUUUGGAGUGUAGGUGUAGCGACUUCAGGUUUAUCUUCACUUGUAGAAGAUUCACUCUCCUUAGACUUGGCAUCAGGAACCCAGAGACCACUGUCAAUGCAUCUUCGCAUGUGGUAUUUAGCUUCGUCUUCUGGCAUCGCGGCAAUAGUCUGCUGCAGCAGAGACUUCAACAGGGUCCAAACCACCUGGUCCAAGCCUCGCUUUUUUCUCUUCCUCUUCAGCCUCUUUGAGAGCCUCAGCGACUUUUUCUUGAGCUCGUUUUCUGAUUCGCUCUUUGAAGGCCUCGAGUUCGUCGUCGAACGACUUUUUGUACUCCACAUCGGCUAUUUGAAUCCUACUAAAGAAGGAACCAACACAAGCGCGAGGAUCCACGUCCAGUUGUUUGGA